AUGGAGCCUGUAAGGAUGAGAUCACGGGGCCAUGAAUUUGCAGACAGGAAACCUUACUGUAGCAGAGGAGGCGGCAGGGGAGAGAGUGCGGGGGUGGAGGACCCGCUAGCUCCCGAGGUGAGGCUCACAGGGUUGGAGGCCAGGCCUGCCUGGGGUCCCCUAGAAAGCCCCGCCGUGGCGCGAGGGACGCCCCGCACUCACCCGCUGCUGCUGACGGCUGCUGACGGCCACCGCGGCGGCGGACGCGGCACUGUGCCGGAGCUCGGCGGCCUGCCCGGGUCUCAGCAGGCUCCGGGUGAACCUGCGGGUCCGCUCGCCAGCCAUGCCCCGCCGCGUUGCUGGCUCCUCGGCCCGGCCCCGGAGCGAAUGUGUCCCGCCGGUCCCCCGGCCGCGCCAGCCUGCUCUACCCACCCGCCGUUCAGGAAGCGGAACUCGGAGCCUUUCCCCCCCUCUUCCCCGCUCAACUCACAAGAGGCGGGUUUUUCUCGCGCGCACCCCCACUCUGCCCACCCCCUUCUCUCCCGCUCGAGCUCCGCGGCGACUUUGCAAACUCUGCGCCACUCCCGCCGUGCGGCCAACUCGGCCCGGCUAAGGCGCAUCUGCAGCGGGAGCCCCGGGACGCGCGUGCGGUGGCUCCACCCGCGCCGCCCACCCGGGACUAGGCUUAAAAGAAACCUGAAGCACAAAUCUUAAAUGGUCUUAUUAAUAAGAACAAACCCAAGGCCAA